AUGCCGAGAUUCUUCGUUGUUUUCGAAAACGCUAUUGGUUUGUCUAUUUUCGACUGCAAGGGUUUAAACGAAAUCGUUGUUAACAGCCCACAAUACCAGAAGCAAUUCAUUCAGUUCAAUCUUUUCGCCAAAAUUGUUCAUCUUGAAGCCUUUCAGCCUUUCCCAUCCACUGAAGUAGCUCUUGAUACACAAACACUUCUUACAGAAGGUUCCCUCUCAGAUUUCUAUCGUACAUUCUUAACAACAAACGUUCCAAAUAUUUCAGCUAAAUACUCAGGAAUCACACUUGGCAUUUCUGAUCAGAAGCUUGCCGGCACAAUUGCUAGUGAACUCGGCUACUCCUGCGUUGCUAAUGACAACGUUCGUGAAAUUAUUCGUGGUAUUCGCCUUAAUUUCACAAACUUCAUGGACUCAAUCAAGCAAGAAGAUGUCAACCUUGCUCAGCUCGGUCUUGCCCACGGUUACUCUCGUGCCAAAGUUAAAUUCAACCAGCACGGUGAUGAUAACAUGAUUAUCUCAUCAAUUGUUCUCCUUACAACCCUCGACAAGGAUCUUAAUACCUUCGCCAUGCGUCUCCGCGAAUGGUACUCCGUCUACUUCCCAGAACUUUCCUCAUUAAUCGACGACCACGCCACAUACGCCCAUGCCGUCCAAGCAGUCGGCCACAGAGAGAACGUCAAUGUUGACGCCCUCAAGGAGCUUCUCAAGGACGACGAUCUCGUCUCAAAGAUCCAGCACGCAGCAGAUAACUCAAUCGGCCGCGAAAUCGACGAAACUGACUAUGCUCGUAUUAUUUCAAUGGCUGAACGUGUUGCCGGUAUCGCCAAGUUCCGCGAGACCCUCCAAACAUACUUACACGAAAGAAUGCAUAAUAUCGCUCCAAACCUUACAGAACUUGUCAGUGAUAGAAUCGGUGCUCAGCUCAUUGCUGCAUCCGGCUCACUCACAAACCUCGCAAAGGCUCCAGCUUCUACAGUUCAAUUACUUGGUGCAGAAAAAGCACUUUUCAACGCAAUGAAGAAGAGGAAACCAACACCAAAAUACGGUUUAAUCUACAAUGCCAGCGCUGUUGGCUCAGCCGAUGCUAAUGUCAAAGGCCGUGCUGCCAGAUCUCUCGCAAACAAGAUCUCCAUCGCUGCCAGAAUGGAUGCAUUCGGUGAAGACUUGAGAGGAGGACACCUUGGCCGCUUAAUGAAGGAAAUGCUCGAAGUAAGAGCAGAAAAAGUCCACGAAGGAAAGAAGCCACAGCCAAACUUCGAUGCAAUGGUCGAAGCAGUCAAGAAGACCAGAAAACUCGAAGCAGACGAUCCAGCUAACGCAGGCGCAGAACUUGACUUAGAAGUCAGAUCUAAACCAUUGACAGCCGCCGACAACGAAGCUGAUUUCUUCGCUGACGGAUCAGCAGUCAAAUCUACUCCACAGACACCAGCUGGAGAAGAGAAGAAGAGGAAGCACAGGAAGCACCACCACUCUGAGGAAAAGGCUGAAGAAAAACAGCCAGAACCAGAACAGAAACAACCAGAACCAACUCCAGAACCAGAACAAGAGGAAGGAAAGAAGAAGAGAAGGAAACAUCGCUCAAGUGAAGCUGCUGAGGAAGUAAAGAAAGUAGAAGAAGAAAAGAAGGUAGAAGAGGAGCCAAAGAAGGAAGAGGCUGCUCCUCAAGAGGAAGGAAAGAAGAAGAGAAGAAAACAUCACCACCAAGAAUAA